CAGUCUCAAUCAUUGCGGCCGUACCUCCAAUGCGUGCGAAGCAGUCUGACUGCCGCCCUGACCCUGUCCAACUUUGCCUCCCAGACGACCGAGCGGCACAACGUGCCGGAGAUCGAAGCUCAGACGUCCCCCGAGGUCGUUCUGACGCCCCUCGUCAUCGCGCGCAACGAGAACGAGCGGGUGCUGAUCGAGCCCAGCAUCAACUCAGUCCGCAUCAGCAUCAAGAUCAAGCAAGCUGACGAGAUCGAGUCCAUCCUGGUGCACAAGUUUGCCCGUUUCCUGACCCAGAGAGCCGAGGCCUUCUUCAUCCUGCGAAGAAAACCGAUUCCCGGCUAUGAUAUUUCUUUCUUGAUAACAAACUUCCACACGGAGGAGAUGCUGAAGCAUAAGCUGGUCGACUUUAUCAUUGAGUUCCAGGAGGAGGUCGACAAGGAGAUUUCCGAGAUGAAGCUCUUCCUCAAUGCCCGAGCACGAUUCGUCGCCGAGUCAUUCCUGACACCUGUGAGUGCACCUCUUUAUCGUCCAGUUCCCCCUUUUCUUUGCAGGGACUAA